AUGGCUUGUGAAGAACCACUCCCAUUUUUCGGAAGAAAUGAUAACAGAAAAAUGACGCGAAAUCCCCAAGCAGACAUCGUUAGGCUUUCUUUCUCUCCACAUUUCACCUUUCUCUUUCUUUCUUUCUUUCUUUCUUUCUUUCUUUCUUUCCUUCUUUCUUUCUUUCUUACUCUCUUCUUUCUUUCUUUCAUUCUUUCUGUCUGUAUUUCUUUCUUUGAAUUACAUGCUCCCUUUCUCUUUCUCAAUCAUAUAUCAAACAUUCAUUCUCUCCACAUUUCAUCCUACUCUUUCAUUCAUUCAUUCAUUCAUUCUUUCUUUCUUUUUUCUUUCUUUGAAUCCUCCUCCUCCUUUCUCUUUCUCAGUCAUACAUCAGUCUUUCUUUUUCUCCACAUUUCACCUUACUCUUUCCUUCUUUCUUUCGUUCUUUCUGCUUUUAUUUCUUUCUUUGAAUUACACUCUCCAUUUCUCUUUCUUAAUAAUAUAUAUCAAACAUUCAUUCUCUCCGCAUUUCACCCUACUCUUUCAUUCUUUCUUUCUUUCUUUCUUUCUUCAAGUCCUUUCUCUUUCUCAAUCAUAUAUCAGACUUUCUUUCUCGCCACAAUUCACCCUACUCUUUCUUUCUUUCUUUCUUUCUUUCUUUCUUUCUUUCUUUGA